AGCUGGGAUAGCACUCCCUGGGACCCUCGUGAGGAUAGGCGGCUAAGAAGAUGGAUGAAUGGAUGGAUGGGAAAAAUGACAAUCAGCAUUACCACAUAUACUGGGUCGGUGUCCCUAAGUGUGUUCCUGGUCUCCCUAGCGGUGACUGUGUGUGCUGUUUGGCUUGUGGCUCUUUGCGGCGUCUGCGGUUGGUGUCAACGAAAGCUGGGGAAGAGAAAUAAGCCGGGAGUGGAAACAGCCGACACUCCAGACUCGGCACGUGGGCGAGGGGAGAAGAAAGCCAUCAAGCUGGAAAACAGCCUCCCAUUUCAUGCAGCUCUAAGACCGACUCCUCACCAAAGCGAGCGCUCGCAUCAUCUCCAGAGAAGGAACGCUUUUGUUGCAAAGUGUUGGUUGGUGCCCAGGCUGUCCGCAGUUGUGUUGCUCUGACCUGUCUUUCUCUUUGGCCACAGUGAUCUAGACAGAGACUUUUGGAAUAACAAUGACAGCAGCACAGUGCAGCAGAGGUGGAGCUCCUAUCCGCCGAAGGAGUUCGUACUUAACAUUUCUCCCUAUGCCCCAUACGGAGACCCCCGCCUCAC